AUGUUGCUGCCGCUACUCGGCACCUGUGCUUUGGUGGGGCCAUUCUAUGGCCCUGAGUGGGAGCCAGUGCGGGACCUGCUUUCCCAGAACCGCAGCUGCAGGGACCCUCGGUGCCGUGGCAACCUGCUCAUCCUCUGCCUCUUUCUGGUUUGGCAGGUCCAGCACUAUUGGUACAAGGUCACCAGGACUCGUUCCAGUGUGAGGAAGGUCAUCAAGGUGCCACCAGAGAAAGGGGUAGUGCCCUCGACAAGACGUGAAACUUUCUUCAGACUGAAUCCUGAAGCCUUCAGUUCUGGACAGUUCAGGGGCCUGGAUGCUCAUGUCCAGCAGUGGGCACACAGGCAGAGAUGGGGCUCCCGGAGAAGCCUCCCGAAGUCAUGGACCCAGUACCUCGUCUCUCAGCAGCAUCCGUGUCAGGGGCCCCCGUGGGGUGUCCGCUCCCUCUCUGAGCCCACCUUUUGUACCACCUCUUUCUCAAGCACCUGUCUGCUCUCUCAGGACAGUUCCUGGGAAGCACGGCGGGGACCCUGGUAUCUCAGUGAUGGCCAAACUCGUCCUGCCUUGGACAUUUGCCAAAGGAAGGAGCAGUUGUUGGUUCAUUCCCAGGAAAGGCUGGUGCCGCUGGAGUCUGUUGUCGGCAUGAGGUCCCUCCCCACCUCCAUGACCUUAGCCAUCUCUCUCCCAAAUCUUCCUUCAGCUCACAGGCUACAGUUCUGCCCCAGAGAAUUCCUGCCUGAUCUUUCCAACCAACCACUGGGAAUGUCUACCUGGGAGUGCCGGGACUGCCCGCAAGAGGCUGGGGCAGCAGGGAAUAAAACCCAGACGAUAAGCAGAGAGGAUGGUGGAGAGACACAGGCUCCAGAGUGGGCAGACCAGAGAGAGAACACAGAGGGGGUUGCUUGGGAAAUUCAGGCAUCUGGGGGUCGACUUCCAGUAGACUUGGGAAUGGAGAGUGUUGUAGAGCCCAGGAUCCCAGAAUGUGGAAACCAGAGACUGGAAAUAAAUGGAACUGAUGGAGAGAUCCUGAUACCAGAGCAGGAAAAUCAGGAGCAGAUGAGAGUUGAGGAUAGAGCCAAAAAUGAGGAACCAAAGAAGAGAGUCCAUGAGGAGGCUGGAGCUAAGAAUCUUCCUGAAACCCAGGCACAUAUGGGAGAGAACCAAGAACAGAUCACAUGUAAAACUGAUGUACAGACUCAAACACCAGAGUGGGGCAACUGGGAUAAGAAUGGAGUUGAGGAUGCUGUGGAGACCGAGGUAGUCAAGGGGAAUAACAAGGAAGAGGCCGGAGGAGGCCAUGGAGAGCUCCAGGCCCAAGGACGGGGGAAGCAGGGCCAGCGUGGAGGUGAGGGUGGUGAGGAGACCCAGAUGCCAGAGGAGCGGAAGCAAGACCAGGGUAGAGGCGAUGCUGGAGCCAGAGUUCAGGCAGAAGAGGGGAGAAACAAGGACCGGGCUGGAGGUGAGGAUGCUGCACAGACCCCGACAUCCAGGAAGGAGAACCUGGGAGAAGUCAAACGAGAGGAUGAUGGAGAGAGCCAGGCCCUGAAGUGGGAGGAACAGGAGCACAACAGAAGCAAGACCGUUCCAGAGAGCCAGACACCAGGAGGGGAGAGGCAGCGGCAGGGUGGAAGUGAGAAAGCCGGAAAGAUCCAAGUCUCUUGGGCAGAGAACCAGAAAACGUCAAAACCUGAAAUUCAAGUUGAGUGGGAAAGCCGGGGUCUGGGAAGAGGGGAGGGUGCUGGGGAAACGCAGACAUGUAAGAGGGCAACGAUCAGGGAGAUCAGAGUGGAGGACUGGGUGGUGAUCCGGGCACCAUGGUGGGGAAACCAGAGACUAGUGGCAAGCAAAAUUGACAGAAAGUACAAGAUGCCAUGCUGUGGGGAUCAGAAGCGGAUUGAAGGUGAGCUCACAGCAGAAAUCCAGGCACUAGAGAAAGAAGAACAGAGAAAGUACAGGUGUGAGGAUGGUACAAGUACUUCGGCACCCCCGGCUAAAAUCCAGGGACAGUUAAGAUGUGAAACUGCCGUGGAGGUCCAUCCAGCAGGGCAGAGGAACAAGGAGUGGUUUGGAGAUGAGAACGGAACAGACAGUCAGGUACUACAGAAGAGAGAUGAGAGAGGGGUUAGAGGCAAGGAUGGUACAGAGACCCAGGAACUUGGUGAAGAAAAUCGGCGUCUGUUAGGAAGCAAAUUGCAUGCAAAGAUUGAUCUACCAAAGUGGAAGAAUCAAGAACAUGCUAGAGGGACAGAUGGUGCCAAUCCCCACACAUCUGAGGUGGAGAACUGGGGAGAAGCAACACGUAAAAUUGAUGGAGAAACCCACUCAGCAGCGUGGAAGACAGAGGAGCCGGUAGGAGGUGAGAGUGUUGCCGAGAGUCAAAUACAAGGGAAGAGAAACCCAAGACAGGCUGGAGGAGAGCAUGGCACGGGGACCUGGGCCCCCGGGGCGGGGAACCAGAGGCAGUUAGGAAGUGACACUGCUGGAAAGAUCCAUUUACCAGGGUGGGAGAACCAGGAGCAGAUGGGAGAUACGGAUGGAGCAGAAAUUCAGGUUCCAGAGAAGGAGAAAUGCAGAGAACCUGGGGGUGAGCAUGACGUACAGCCUCAGAGGCCUGAGAGAGAGAACCAGGGACAGUCUGAUGGUGAAAAAGGAGGGAGCCACUCCCCAGGGAGGAGGAGAUGGGAGAAGACUGCAGAAAAUCAGGCAUCAGAGAAGAGAAGCCAGAGAGAGGCUCGGAGGAGGAUACAGAGACUUCGGAGAAAGAACCAGAGCCUGCCAGGAAGUGAAGCUAGCGGGAAGACCUGCUCAUCAGUGUGGGAGAGCCGGGGACGUACUGCAGGUGGGAAUGGUGCACAAACUCAGCCGCAAGGGAGGAGGAUCCUGAGAGGGACAACGGGUACUGGCGGCACAGUGACCCAGGCACCGGGAGCAGACGGCCAGGGGCCAUUAGGAAGUGAAAUCGAUGAGGGGGUCCAGACACAAGGACAAGGAAACCAGAACAAGGGUGGAGAUGACGAUGCUGUAGAAAUCCAGGAAGCAGGGAGCCAGAGAGAGCACAGAACGGGGGAUGCUGGAGCGCCGCGAGCACCCAGAACAGGAAACAGGGACCGAGUCGGAGCAGAGAGCUCCUCGGGGGCCUGCCGCCAAGUCGACUCUUCUGGGGGUGAGGGGCCCACGGGCAGGAAGCGCAGCCUGGCACGGACCCCAGGCUUCCCUGGCCCUGGCUAUGCACCAGAGGCUGUGAAGGCUUCCACUUCUGCUCCCUGGGCUGAGAUGAAGCCUCUCCCCUGCUGGGGUGAGGCCUUCCUGCUGGCCGGUGGGGAGGGAGAGCAUCUGGCCAGCCAGGGCUCGGCCCCUGUCAGUGAGCUCAGAUCAGCCUCCCAGCACCUCCAACCCGAAUCCCAGAGACAACAAAGCGACAAACAGAUGGAUCCAGAGAAGGCCUCCAGCCGGAAGCAGCAGCUGAGGAACCCUGAGAGUCUGGCUGCCCCCUCGGGCGUAUGCUCUGGCUGCCCCUGUCUCCUAGGUGACCAACCCCGGCCAGCUGCCACUGCCCUCAACGUCCCACCCAAGUGGCCAGUACUCAAGAAGAGCAAACGGCUGCUCCUGGAGUCCCUCAUGAGGCGAAGGAUUGCACACCUGCAGUGGGGCCUCCCCAGGCGGAUCCUGGAAUCCUAUUUGCUCUAUAACUUCUUUGGAUCUUGCUCAGUGCCUCUGGCUGGGGUGAGGCCCUCUGGGUUACGUAUAGGCCAGGAGCUCCAGGGACAGCAGGAAAGGCGCUGUGAAGCCCAGGGCGCCAUGUUAGCCAUUAAGUCUCCAAAGAGGCCCCAGAGGCUUCAAUCCCCAGAAAGAAGACGCUCAGAACUUCCUGCCCAGGCCACAGCUCUGGAGAAAGACAGGCUAAAGCCAGUGGGCAUUUCCAUCCCACCUCCAAAGCCCAGGAGAUCCAGGCCACCAGGGGGCACCAGAGAACCACAAGUGAUCCAGGAAGUGCUUCCUGGGGCCAAGCUCCCUGCUCCCAGCUUCAAGUCUGCAGCAGAGACCAGGAGCUGGUGUGGCCCAGAAAGGGUCCAAGAGCCUUGCAGUGAGAACAGCAGGAACACGGUCAGGCCAGAGAUCUCCCGGGUGGAAGCAAGGGCUCCCAGGAGAGGGAGGACCUUGUCUUUUGGGGCAGGCCACGAUCCGUGGAGGAAGGAGCACAUAUCCUGGGGAGCCUAUAAGCCCUCGAGACUCAGAUACCAGCAGCUCACACCCUGGAGAAGAGGAAGCCUGUCUUCUGUGCAGGGCAGAGGGGCUGGGCAGAAGCCUGCUUCCCCUUCCCCAAACAGCCCCAGCUUCAAAGGGAGUCUCCACGCUGCUGCAGCCAGGCUGAGCGUGACCCUCCUGAGCAAGAUGUCCUGGUCCCCACGGCUGGCCAAGCCCCAGCCCUCGGCCCCCAGCCUCAGCCCCAAGGACCCCGAGCCUGAGUCCGCCCUGCUUCCCAAAGCGGAUGACCCUCACGCAGGGGAGGACAGCGCCCGAGUCCACACUGCUGCAGCGGGGGACCUCCAGCCGCCAGGCCGCACGCGCCGCGGCCUCGAGGGCAGCCCUGGCCCGGGCUUGCAGGCCUCUCGGUCGGUCGGCGCAGGCGCACUGCGCGUCCACGCCGAAGGCCCUCAGGUGCGCUUGCGCACAAACUGCGCGGGAAAAGGUGCGGCCGCCUGA